CCUUCCUUUACUGUCCGCGCGGGAACACGAAUCCCUCGGGCGCAGGAAGGGUACUGCGGCAUGGCUACACCGCAGGCGGCUCCUCCUGGGGCUGAGGGCGCAGAACCGUCGCCAUGGGCACCCCUCGAGGCCCCCGCCCGCUUGCUACUGCAGGCGCUGCAGGCCGGGCCUGACGGGGCACGGCGGGGCCUCGGGGUGCUGCGAGCGCUAGGCCGCCGCGACGGGGAGCCCCUCUGCUGGGGCGGCCUUCUGGGGGCGCUGUGCCAGGAGGAACCGGUGCUGCCGUGCCCUGGCGGCCGCCUGGAGCUGAGGCCACUGCUGCUGUGCCUGCCCCAGUUCUGCCAGAAGAACCUGCUGUCCCUGCUGAUGGCUGUCUGGCCAUCACUGCCUCAAAGCCAGCUCCUGGCCAUGCUGCAGAUCACCCAGCGGGACUUCAGGUCUGCCCCUGAUGCCUGGCUCCAGGCCCUAGGGAAAUUGUUGCAAAGAGACCUUGGGCCCGGUAUCUCCAUGGAGAGAGCCUCUGUGCUGUCCAAAGGAUGCCAGGCACAGCUCCAAAGCCUUUGUAAGCAGCUGGGCCAGGGAGGCAGGGGGCUGAAACCGCCCCAGGCUCCAGACCCUGAAGGAGAAGAGGAGGACAGGGAGUCCCAGCAACGAGGGAAACACAGGAAGGAGCCAGAGGGAGCAACUGCCAGUCCUGAUGGGGAAAGGGCCCCCAAAAGGUUCCGAGUAGGGGAAAGCGAAGAGGAAGAUGCUAAUGAGGAGCCAACAGAAGCCCUGGAGGAUAGAGGAGCAUCACCCAGGAGGAGCCAACCUGGCCCCAGCGAGGGAGCCGCGCCCCGUGGUACUCUCCAGAGUCCCAGGGAGGUGCAGGGCCCAGCAGCGACUGUGGAACUGCCCAAAGCCCUCCAGGACCAGGUGCCCAGGCUGCAGCAGCUGCUGAAGACCUUUGGGGAGGGAUUGGAGGGGCUGGAGGACACCCCCCCAGCUGAGCUGCAGCUUCUCCACGAGUGCAGUCCCUGCCAGGUGGAACGGCUCUGUGCCCAGCUGCAGCUCUCGGAUGCCGGCCUCCUGCGGCUCUGCACCUGGCUGCUGGCCCUGUCCCCAAGUCUCAGCAUUUGCAAUGCUACCGUGCUGGCCAGGAGCCUCUUUCUGGGACGCAUCCUCGGUCUGACCUCCUCAGCCUCCCGGCUGCUCAGAGCCGCGCUGACCUCCUUCUGUGCCGGUCACCCUUACCCCGUCUGCAGCACCCUACUUGGCCCUGUGCUCCAGGCUGCGGGCACAGGCCCAGCACAAACAGAGCUGCUGUGUCACCUGAUGAAGGACGAGUCCCUGGAGCCAGAUGCUCGUGCCCUCAUGCUGGGGCAGAUCCUGGAGCUGUCCUGGACGGAGGAGACGUUCUUGGUAUUGCAGGUGCUCCUGGAACAACAGGUGGAGAUGACUCCUGAGAAGUUCGCUGUGCUCAUGGAGAAACUCUGUAAAGCAGGGCUGGCAGCCACCACCUCCAUGGCCUAUGCCAAACUCAUGCUGACCGUGAUGACCAAGUACCAGGCCAGUAUCACCGAGACUCAAAAGCUGGCGCUGGCUGUGGCCCUAGAGCCCAACACCACCUUCCUGCGGAAGUCCCUGCAGGCUGCCCUGAGACGCCUGGGCCGCUGACCACCGGUCACCCUCCUGGAGCAGCAGCGUCACCAGCUUCUGAAGGACAUUUCUGCCCUGGCCGUCUUUUCCUUGCCCCUUUGCCUCAGGGUGAAAGCACAGCCAGGAGUCCUCGGGGUCAGCCUCCUCCGUGGACCAGAGGCUUGGAGGCUCAGGCUGCAGGAUGCGGACUUCCUGAAUAGUUUACUUGUGGGAUUUAAUAAACAGCAGGAAGCUCAGUGACUCCUGUUAGAAGCA